AUGUAUUGUUUUCCUUAUCCCUAUUAUUUUGAUUUGAUUAUAAAUACUGCAUCAAAUACAGGUAUUGUUUCAUUACAAACCUACAUCACGAUCAACGAUAUGGAUACAUCAACUCUUCUUCGAUCAUUAUCAUUAGGCGGAAGUGAAGAUGAUACUAAUCUGUCACCAGCAAUGUCAGAAGAAAAUACAUUUAAUAAUCAAUCUGAUCAAGCUUGUACGUCAACGUCUAAACGACGUUAUAAAAGAUCUGAUAGUUCCACUUCAAGUUCUUAUGUUGUUGAAUAUGGUCCCGUACGUAUUCGUCAUCGACGAACAUUAUCACAAACAUUAGCAACAGGUCGUCGAUCAAAAGAUGAUCCAAUUGAAGGUGACGAGGCUAUUAAACGUGAAUUACGACGUGCAAAAAAUCGUAUUGCAGCUCGUGAUUUAAAAAGAGCUCGAGAUCAAGUUGAAUUAAAUCUAGUUCAACAACUUAAAGAACUUGAACAACAAGAAGAAGAACUAGAAACUCAACAUAAACAAUUAGAAGAACGUAAAGCACAAUUAAAUCGAGCUGUAUACAAUGCAAGACAAGCUCCAUUAGUUUCAUUAAUUACUGAUAUAGACAUUCCUAUUUAUUUUAAACCACAAGAUCAACCUAAUCUUUUAUUUGAUCUUCAGUUAUUACUGGAAAAUAUUGAUGACCAAUAUUCAAAGCUGAACCAUUGA